UUUGCCAGACGUACACCUACGAUGAUAUAUGUUCGUGAAUCUCAUGUUGAAAAGAUGGGAAAAAUUCAAGAUGUUUCGUACGAGAUUUUGAAUGUGCUUGAGUUUAACAGUACAAGGAAGCGUCAAUCUGUUGUAUGUCGUUAUCCAGAUGGGAGGCUUCUAUUGUACUGUAAGGGUGCUGAUACUGUAAUCUUUGAGAGAUUAGCUGAUGGUUAUAAUGACAUAAAAAAAGUGACCAGGGAGCAUUUGGAACAAUUUGGAUCUUCUGGACUACGCACAUUAUGCCUGGCUUACAAAGAAUUACAUCCUGAUGUUUAUGAAAGUUGGAAUGAGAAGUUCAUCCAGGCCAAAUCUUCUCUACGUGAUCGUGAAAAGAAGUUAGAUGAGGUGGCAGAACUUAUAGAAAAUGAUCUCAUUUUGAUUGGUAGCACUGCCAUUGAAGACAAGCUUCAAGAAGGAGUACCAGCCUGCAUAGAGACUCUUCAGAGAGCUGGCAUUAAAAUUUGGGUGCUUACAGGUGACAAGAUUGAAACAGCAAUUAAUAUUGCCUAUGCAUGCAAUUUAAUAAACAAUGAGAUGAAGCAAUUUAUUAUCAGUUCAGAAACUGAUGCAAUUAGAGAAGUUGAAGACAGGGGGGACCAAGUAGAAAUUGCACGAUUUAUUAAAGAAGUAGUGAAGAUAGAGCUGACAAAGUGCCUUGAGGAAGCACAGAACUAUUUUAGCUCUCUAUCUGGACCAAAAUUAGCACUUGUAAUUGAUGGGAAAUGUCUGAUGUAUGCAUUGGAUCCAAGUUUAAGAGUCAUGCUACUGAAUUUGAGUUUGAAUUGUCAUGCUGUUGUUUGCUGCCGAGUUUCUCCUUUACAAAAAGCACAGGUCACAAGUCUGGUGAAGAAAGGUGCACGGAAAAUAACACUUGGUAUCGGUGAUGGAGCCAAUGAUGUUAGCAUGAUUCAAGCUGCUCACGUUGGUGUUGGCAUAAGUGGGUUGGAGGGGAUGCAAGCCGUGAUGGCUAGUGAUUUUGCUAUCGCACAGUUUCGUUACCUUGCGGAUUUGCUACUUGUUCAUGGCCGGUGGUCUUAUCUUCGAAUAUGCAAGGUGGUGACAUACUUCUUUUACAAGAAUCUGACGUUCACUCUUACUCAGUUUUGGUUUACCUUUCAAACUGGGUUUUCUGGCCAGAGAUUCUAUGAUGACUGGUUUCAGUCAUUAUAUAAUGUUAUCUUCACUGCCCUGCCUGUCAUCAUCGUUGGACUAUUUGACAAGGAUGUCAGUGCAUCUUUAUCCAAGAAGUAUCCUGAACUAUACAGGGAGGGAAUAAGAAAUGUCUUUUUCAAAUGGAGAGUUGUGGCUAUAUGGGCCUUUUUCUCUGUCUACCAGUCUCUAAUAUUCUUCUAUUUUGUGAGUACGUCAAGUUUAAGUGCUAAAAAUUCAGCAGGCAAGACAUUUGGGCUCUGGGAUGUCAGUACAAUCGCCUUUACAUGUGUUGUUGUAACUGUCAACUUGCGACUUCUUAUGAUUUGUAAUUCAAUCACAAGAUGGCACUAUAUUAGUGUUGGUGGAAGUAUAUUAGCAUGGUUUAUUUUUGUUUUUAUAUAUUCAGGGAUCAGAACUCCUUAUGAUCGACAGGAGAAUAUGUAUUUUGUCAUAUAUGUCUUGAUGAGUACAUUAUAUUUCUACCUCACGCUAUUUCUUGUCCCUAUUGCGGCACUUUUUUGUGACUUUGUUUACCAAGGGGUUCAGAGAUGGUUCUUCCCCUAUGAUUAUCAGAUUAUUCAAGAAAUGCAUAGAUAUGAGAGUGAUGACAACAGCAGGGCACAACUGCUAGAGAUAGGGAACCAGCUGACUCCAGCAGAGGCAAGGAGCCAUAGCAUAUCUCAACUCCCACGUGAGAUAUCGAAGCACACCGGGUUUGCUUUUGAUUCACCUGGUUACGAAUCCUUUUUUGCUGCACAGUUCGGUGUAUAUGCCCCACAAAAGGCAUGGGAUGUUGCAAGACGAGCUAGCAUGAAAUCUCGGCCAAAGAUUGGACAGAAAAAGUAAUUCGGAGUAGGAUGAUUGUACAUUUACUUUUAGUUUUGGUUUUUCGUUUUGAGAGCUAGCCGUAGGAGAUUUAUAAAAUUAGCACGUGCCGUAGUAAAUAUUGGUCAUUUUCUUUUAGGCAAAUAUCUGUAAUUUUCUUUUAGGUAUAUUGUCUUUUUCUUCCCGCCUUGUCAGUUGUUUCUUUGGGGGAAGUAGAGCAGGUUUUUCAGGAUUGUCACAGAUGUAUAUUCUACUAUUUUUAGUAAGUCAGGCAUUUUAAUCAAAAAAU